ACGUAACUACUAACUAAUGAAGCUGCUUCGAAUUUCAAACCUAUUGUUUAAACAAGAGAAGAGAAGUCCAAUUGGAGCUUUGAUUAUAUUAGUAAACAAAUUUAAUCUGAACAAGUAGUUCGUUUGGGUUGAUUUUGAUAUGCAAUUUCAGUUUGAUCAUUUGAAGGACAUUUUCGAGAGAAAUUCUCGUUUUUUAAGAAAUCUUUAAGUGUCUGGAAAAGGUUUUGGUUUUUUACUUUAUAUUGUUGUUUAAAACAAAGUAAAAUGUCUGACGUUAUGCAUUAAAACCGAAUUCACCAUGUAAAGGUGAUUUUAAGCUUUUAAUACAACUAUGGAGUAUGAUUUUGAAGGAGAGUAAUAUGGCGCAAACAACGGCGCCGCGGCGACCAAGACGGCUGGGUAAAUGUGAAACACAUGUUGGGUUGUCGGUAACAGCUCGCAUCCCGAUUCUUCCUUGCCGUGCCGUAUUCCCCCGUCCUCGACGGCAUUCUCAAAUAGUUGUUCAGGUCUGCCUCCUCGCUCCGCAUGGUCAGAGUUGCAACCAACGCAAUAAACUUUUUUUCAUUUUUUGGGGUUUUUUAAUGCUUUACAAUUUAAAAAAAAAAAGUCUGAAUUCUAAAAGAGGAGAGACAAAAGCACUACAUACUUGAGUUUGCUGGAGAGAGUGAACUCAUCUAUUAAUCCCAACGGAAUUCUGAUUUUGUUUCGAUAGUGGUUUUAAAUUAAAAUUUAGUGGAGGGAAUGAAAAUGGCAUAGUAGAUAUAAUAUAGUAUAUUUCUAGAAAAAUAUAAUAUAGUAUUUAAAUUAGUCUUUUUUUCCUUUUUGUUUUUUGGGUUACAGGUUUAGUCUUGUGGGAAAGCCCAACAAACACGGAGCACCACAAGCAUGAAAUCCGACGACAAAAGUGUUACUAUUCCCGACUAUGAACUAAAGGGCCGGGGCUACCUCUCUGUAGCUUUGUUAUCCUACUCUAAUUUUUUUGCUUUCUCUUUGACUUGUUUCACUUGAUGCAAAAUUCCUCCACAAUUUUUUACUAUGCCCUUUUUGACUACUUCAAGUUCCCUCUUAUUUUUAACUCUUUCAUACUCCACAUAUCCAGAGAAAGAUGUUUCAAAGUGCUGCCAAAUUCAUUAAUUUAAGAUAUGCAUGUGUGGCUCCUGUAUUUGUCCCUAUGAAGACAGCCUCGUGAUUCUCAAUCAUAGUAAGAACAGUUGUAAACUCCCUAGUAAUCCUGGAUCAGAUGCAGAAUUUGGCCAUGGUUUUCAAUUAAAUAUAUUAGUAUAAUCCUGUUUUUGGGGUUCACACUUCACAGCUUGCAAAGGAGUGACCAGCAAAAGAGAACAAGAGAAUUGAAGUUACCGUACCUUUCAGUUGGAAUGUUCAUCACUUGAUAUGUUUGCAUGUUCUCUUUUUGUCUCUUACAGAAACCUUCAAGUACAAAUAGUCUUCUACACUACAACACAUAUACUCCCAACUUCUGCUUUUCUCUUUUCAACUUUGUGAUCCUUAAAAGAGUCCUCUCGCUUGCUAAUCAUGUCCUUCAUUCCUUCAGUUUUCAUCGUCUUCUUGUGUCUUUCCAUGCAUGCAUGUAUUGCUCGCCAUUUUGGGUCAGUCAAGGUUGGAGGAAGGGUUAAGCAAAAGAUCGCUAUGGAGCCACCAGUUGAAGGGAUUAUUAGAGGGAGCAUCGUUGAAAACAUUGAUGGUGCUGUGAUGAAUACCCAUCACGAAUCAAAAACCGACUCAAAGAUUGUCCGAGGAAGCUCAGGAGGUGAUAAGCCCUCUUCUUCGUCCUUCAUCAUGGUAUCACUAAAGGCAACAAAUAUAGAGGGAUCAACAAGAAGAAAAAGACUAUCGGUAGUAAGAUUUGGCUCCAUUGAUCUUAACAACAGCCACAAAGUACAUGAAGAUGCAGAGGUGAUAGAUUAUGACCCACCUCAUCGGACACCGCCGAUUCACAAUAGAAAAAUCUAGAAAGAUUAUGAAGUAUAUAGUGAAAUUCAUGUUUCCUAGUAUGAUGAAGCUGAGUUUCGUUUUCAACAGUACGUGGAUAAGUUUGUUUAUCUGUGUGUAUAUGAAGGCAGCAAGUAAGGGAAUGAUUACCUUUUGGUUUUCACAUACAAUAAGAGCAGUCAUAAUUGUUCAAA